AUGGAUGACGUCAACUGACAAUACGUUAUCGACGCGCGUCAUCAAUCCAGAUCAGCUGAUCAUCUCUGGUCGACGUUUGCUCGCUCGUAACGCGGGCUAUUUUCCUAUGGCCGGUUGGAACGGACUAGAUUUGACAACCGAAGGGAAUUAAGUGCACGAAAAACUGUUAGGUUAUGAGAUCGGAGCAAAAUGAAGAUCGCCUAAAUCGAUGACAAUUCACGUAUCAUCGCGAGUCUCCUCGACAGAAAAUUCUGCAAGGCGAUAAAGAGUCUAAACAGGAGUAUCACAACACACACGUAUAACAUGGAUUCGUUUAAUUCCAAAUCACUUAAAUCUGUCGCAGCAUGAGAUCUUAAAGUACUAAAACGCGCGUUAUUCGCGAACGAUAUCGAUUAGGGGGAGAGGAUGGGACAGACGCUCAGCGAGCCGGUGACGAAGAAGAAGUCGGCCUGCUGCCGAGACAGUAACUAUCGUGUCGGUAGCUCCUGCAUGCAAGGAUGGCGUAUCAAGAUGGAAGAUUCGCACGUGCACAUACUCUCCUUGCCAGGUGACCCAGGCACUGCGUUCUUCGCCGUCUAUGAUGGGCAUGGAGGUGCAACCAUGGCCCAACAUGCUGGGAAACAUCUUCAUGAAUAUAUAAUUAAAAGAAGCGAGUACAAAGCUGGCAAUAUUGUGGAAGGUAUGCAGCAAGGUUUCUUAGAGCUGGACAAAGCCAUGCAGAAUAACGUGACCCUCAGGGAUGAACAUGCUGGGACCACUGUCAUCGCAUUGCUUAUCAAGGAUAACAUUUUGUAUAGCGCUAAUGCGGGCGACAGCAGAGCGGUGGCGUGUAUCGGUGGCAGGACCGUGCCCCUUAGUCGAGAUCACAAACCCACAUUGAAGGACGAGCGCAAGCGAAUUGAAGCAGCGGGCGGUUUUGUCGAGUAUAAGAGGGUGAAUGGCAAUCUGGCGUUGUCCCGCGCGCUGGGGGAUUUCAUAUUCAAGCGAAACGAUCAUAAGUCAGCACAGGAACAAAUUGUGACUGCCUUCCCCGAGGUACAGCAAUUUCCUAUAAGCGAGGAAUGGGAGUUCGUUGUUUUGGCGUGCGAUGGUAUCUGGGACGUGAUGACUAGCGAAGAGGUCGUCGAUUUCGUGAGGACGCGGCUAGCUCAGACGAAACUCGGCGACGCAGAGUCAUAUCGCAACGUUACGGUACGUCCUGAAGAGAUCUGCGAAGAGCUUCUCAACUGUUGUUUGGCACCGGACGCUCUUAUGGGCACCGGUUGUGACAAUAUGACAGUGAUACUUGUGUGCUUUCUUCAUGGCAAACCAUGUUCGCAAUUAGUUUUGCGUUGCCAGGACUUGCCACCGAGUAUAGAUCUAUAACUAUUUUAGAUUUUAGAGAAAGAUAUAAUAUUUGACCUAAAUUAUUGUUAAGUAUAUUUUACUUUCGUCGGUGUACCUUGACUUUUGAUAUAGUGAUAUUUGUUAUGCAAUGUAUUACACAAUACACUGGCUCUGUUGAUAAAGAUGAGCGGAUGUAUAUUUA